GCCUUGUCCUCGGCACUGUGUGGGUGUGGGUGUGGGUGUGGCCGUUUCCCAUCGCCGCACCGCCUCGGCGCCUCCACCCCUCCCUUUACCGCCGCACCGCCAAUGGCUUCGCGCCUCCGCCUCUUCGCCGCCGGUCCGACCCCAGGCGCGGACGGAAACUCCGACCCUAACCCCGGCAUCUCCGGCAAGGCGGCGGCGGGGGAACGAGAGGGGGGGGCGAAGCGGCCGGAGCCGCCGCGGCGGGAGGUGACUGACCUGGGCGGCGGCAGCGAGGUCGUGCACCUCCAGCGGUUCGUGGACCGCGAGAAGGCGUGGGAAUGGUUCGACUACCUCGACAAGACCAUCCCCUGGAACCGCCCCGAACUCCGCGUCUUCGGCCGCACCGCACAGCCUAGAGAUGUUUGUUAUGUUGCAGAUGAAGGGCUACCAGAUUUGAAAUAUAGUGGUCAUCAGCCUCAUGCCCAUUCUUGGGAUGAAUUCCCCGUGCUCAAGGACAUCCUGAAAGCAGUGCAUGAAGCCCUUCCCGGGAGCUGUUUUAACAGCUUGCUCCUGAACAGAUACAAGACCGGUGCAGACUAUGUUUCAUGGCAUGCUGACGAUGAGCCACUCUAUGGACCAACUCCAGAAAUAGCAUCUGUGAGCUUUGGUUGUGAACGCGACUUCGUACUUAGGAAAAAGCCUACCAAAUCACAAGCCGCUUCUGGAUCCGGAGAAGCUGCUCGAAAGCGGCUCAAGCUCGCUGCUCCUCAACAGCAGCAUUCUUUCUUCCUGAAGCAUGGCUCGCUGCUUGUGAUGAGAGGCUACACCCAGCGGGAUUGGCAGCACUCAGUUCCGAAGCGAGCCAAGGCAAGCUCACCAAGGAUCAACCUGACUUUCCGGCAUGUACUGACCUAAACAUCCUGCUGCGUCCAAGUUUUGUGGUGUUGCCCAGCGUAACUUUUAUGGCAAUGUUAAACGUAUGAUCUACAUUACCCAUUUCGUUUAGUUUUCUUGCGCUUGCUCAGUGUAACUUGUGGCAAUGUAUACGGUGCACAUCACCCCAUUUCGUUUCUGGGCGUGAUUGUUUAGUGUUGUAUGAGGCUCAGCUAGCUUUAGCAGUAA